UUGAGAGGGAAAACUAGUAAAUCGAAUACUACAUCCACCUUGCUUAGUUUGAAAUAUUAACGUAAACGGUAUGAUCGCAUUUUUGGCUACUCGUCCGACGUGGUACGGCGACUUCCACGGAAGCGGUAAAAAUUCUACGUAGCAACAUUGUCCUUCAUCAAAAAGAACAUGCACGUACACGUUCGUCUGCUGGAAUAUAACCUCUUUUUUUGUAAAGAACAAAAACUACAUGAGCUUGUCCUUGCAAAUGCCUGCUGAACGUGAUAUCCCAGAAGCGUUCUUCGGUCGUGGCGAAGAUGCUGGUUCCGGAGUAGGCGACCAAAACGUAUUCGGUGGUGGCUCGGCUUCGUCUUCGUCCACCUCUGGUGUUAGGUUAAGGCACAUCUCCUCCACUACUGAUGCCUACGUACCUUUCAAUGCAGCAUUAGAUAGAGCAUGCUAAGUGCUCUACUCUUCAAAUUUAGAAGAUAAGUAGACGGAUUUCUCCAUGCACAUGCAGCACUUAAUUUACAUACUUUUCUUUUCCUCACCGUCACGGGAGGUUGAUGAAAAGAGAAGGAAGUAUAAAUCGAAAGAAUGCAAAAAAUAAAAAGCUAUGCACCUAUACCUAGUACUAGUAUGUAUCGAUCCCUUAAGCACCAUGCUAACGUCUUCUAGUAGCUGUAUCUAAAGUUCGAUAGUCCUUCCAGAGACGGGUCAUCUCGCAUGUGGCCGGCUCGGAAGUCCUUUGGGGGGAUGAGCAAGCACCUUUUGGUAACAAGAUUGGAUUUCUCGAUAUGGCGUCAAGCUGGCGAAUACACGCCUACCAAGGAGGAAACGCGGUUACAGAACAAAAUAACCAAUAGUGCCACGACCUACGGCACCGCAGCUGGGUGCUUGACCUACGUAGGAACCGGACAACUGUUGAGGCGGCAUCUUGGGGCCAAGCUUACACCGGGCGUGAAGCUCGUACUUUUCUAUUUUUCUCACACUCACUGUAAGGAGUUUUUUAAUUCUACUCGUGCCGGUUCCGGUGGCAACAUCAAUGAGAUCCCAGAUCAUUGAGUCAAAAAAUUGUUGAAUUAUGCUCGUCGAUCGAGAAGAACAACGAGAACAUCUUUUCUAUUUCAAGGAAGACUUUUCACAACUAAUCCCCCGCACUUCCAGUUGCCCGCUUUCGUUGUCGGAGCGUCCACUACAUUCGCUGCUCUGAAUGUUCAGUGGGGUCAAUGGAUUUUGGGAGUUUUGUCGCGUGAAGUGCCAAUGGGCAGCUCGUGGCGCAGCAAAGUUCAUGAGAUCUACGAUGCGGUCUCUACAAUACCAGAGGCGGACCUGAUGAGCGGGCCGAACAAAAAGGUUGUCGAAGUCAAGCUUGUAGACAUCAAAUUUCCUUAUGAGGAGCGUUGUUGUGAUUAGUCCAAGCGCGGUCCACUCGCAUGAUCCAAACGCAGGCUGUUCAACUCUUUCGAAUAACGGCUCUUGCAUAUCAAAAGGUUUAUUUUUGUAGAUCUAGAUGAUGUUAAUGUUAUCCGCACUCAUACCCUAUGAUGAUGAACGAAGUAAGUACCAGAACAAGCAGAUCAGUAGAUCAGGCCCACGAAUCUCCUGUUGUAGUUUCGACCUUCUUCCUUCAUAGAAGUUGGGCGAACCAGGACAAAAAGCAGCAGUCUGAAUUUUCCGAGGAUGCUGCUGGUUUCGACAAGGUAGACGAGCAAAGUUCUUCGAGUGACUCAACAGGCUUUUCGGAUUCGUCUUUCGAAGGUGAUGGAGGGAUUUCAUCUUCUGGAAGUAAAAGCGGUAGGACGAGUGCUGGCACGUCUUCUUCUAGUUGUAGCACGCAACAAGAUUAUGAUUCGUUUGGAGGUUUUGGGUCUUCCGGAGCGGCAGACUCGUCUAGUUCCCGGAGGCAAAGUAAUUCGUGGCGUUUGGAUGCUUUUGAUGAUUCUGUUCGCCCUUCUUCCGCCAGGGGCGGCGGAGGAAGAUCCUCUACUCCUCGGGGAGGUGAUCUUCCGGCUCCUCCAGCGUCCCAAGAUCGCAACUCUCAAGGUGUACGUGACGACCGAUCAUACCGCACAUGGGACGAUAUCAGAAACGGUGGCCCAACAGCAGCGGGCACGCAAUCACCUGCAUAUCGGUCUUGGGAUGAUAUUCGACAGAAUGCAUGA